CCUUCAAGAACCUGUUUCCCACGGGCACUGGGUGCUUUGACGAAGAAGGCACGCAGCUCCAUCGAUUCAAGGACUACCGGGUCCGGUCUCUGACGGCGACCGAGUUUCAGAGCCACCCGACCUGGUGCGGCUGGUCGGUCACCAUCGAGCGGGUUCUCAAACGAGAGGUCGUCCGGGAGUUUCUGAUCCGCAAGUGGACUUCACCCAGCUACUUUAUCCCAGACUGCCAGCACUAUGGGCCCCAAGCUCUGCCCGGUGACUCGGAGAUGCUUCCAACGCUCUCGGUCCUGGUCGAGGAGGCCAUCAACCAACCCCACAGCAUCGACCAGAUCAUCGAUCUCGCACUGCUCUUUGUCGAGCGUGCCAAUCGCCGCAUCUCCAGCCGUGAAACGGCUCAGCAAUGUCUGUCGGUGGGCCUCGAUGGCUUUCUGGCCCACGAUUUUGGAAACGCGCGACUCUACCUGAUCACGGCCGUCAUUAUCGAGCUCACCUGCAACAUGGGGGCCGAGAAGUUCUUUCAGCUGAUGGCGAUGGCCCAGUGCCGCACCAACUUUGGCGCCCGGACGCCCUGGGGAACCAAGACCAUCAACCUGGACAUUGAGGAGCUCCAGAUGAUUGCCCGCAUCGAUUCGCUCUUCCACUUCAUCAACCAUCUCUCGUGCGAGUACCGACUCCUGGAAGAGUACCGAAAGCGCAUCACCUGGUGCGAAUGCCUGCAGAUCGAAGAUCCGCUUUCGCCCAAAUACGACCCCAACCGCUCGGCCGCAUCGGAUGACAUCGGGCUCUCUGAGCUGCCGCGCUACUACAGUACAGAGUGCUUGGUAUGCCAAUGCUCGGCCCUGAAAUUGAUCGAAUGCCCUGGCUGCCGCUGCGUGGGGUACUGCUCCAAGGCGUGCCAGGAUCGGCACUGGCCCGUGCAUGAACAAUACUGUGGUCGACAGCCCCACUGGUGGGGCCGCUCGCUUGUCGGCAUUGACAUGCCACGAAUUUCGCUUCGAACGAUCGGCCAUCUGGAUGUCCCUGGAGAUGCAGAGCACGGACCAAUGAUGCUAAGAAGAUCCACGUCUCAGGUCGAUGACCAAGAGCGUUCCUUGGACUCACGUCGCAGCGACAGCUGCGACUACACAGCCACGGACCAAGUCCAGUUGAUCGUCACAGUGCCCGCCCAAAUCAGCGAUGCGCCCCAGAAUCCAGAUGGAAAAGAAAGUGCUUAUGGCGUGGAUGUAUCCAUCCAGGAUGUGAGCUGAAAACAGCGGAAGCCGCAUCAAUGAAACUGGAGGCAAGGUCCGAAGGAUAUGGCCCUUCUGAACAGGACCGCGAGUCAAGUAUCGAUUCCACCGAAAGUGACAAGCAGGUGCAGAGCGAGUCUGGCCACAGCGACACAGGGCUAGAUAGCAUUCUGUCGGUCUCGGCCUGUAUCCCACCGGCCCAUGAGCAAGCGCAUGGCCAAGACAGUAAGUCGCGUAACCAGCCAAGCAGCGACAUGAGCCAAUCGGCCCUGGAUUUGGAGGCCGACCGCGAGGAGGUGAUGGAUUUGUAGGCGAAGCACCUGUUGCCGCUCUCGGAUGAGUCCGGGUGUCUCUGGAGAGGGAUAUUCCAAUACAA